AUUUGAAAUUGGGAGUGUUUCUCCCUUUCACUGUCAAAACAUGGGCCAGCGCGAGUUCGAGCAGAAGCUGGCGACGGCCGAGCGCAGUGGCGCUCGCGACAAGUGCGUGGAGCUGCUUCACUACGUGCGCAAGGAGAAGCUGCGUGAGCCGCGAGCCGUUGCGAGCAUCGGGAAGCUGCUGGUGACGAAGCACAGCUGGGGUCUCGGCGACGAAUUGUGGGGUGUGUAUGAACAAACAUUUGUCGCUGCUCUGGAUCUGCAUGACGACGAGCUGGCAGAGACGUGUUUGAAAGCGCUACAGACCAAAUUCCCGGGUAGUUCCCGCGUGGCCCGGCUCGAGGGUAUGCAGCUAGAGCAGCGCGGGGAGUUCGCUAAGGCCCUGGUACUUUAUGCCGAGCUGUUGGAGGCCAACCCAGCCAAUGCACUGGUGCUCAAGCGCAAGAUCGCGGUGCUCAAGGCGCAAAAGAAGACAGCGGAGGUGGUCACGGCACUCAACGAGUUCCUAAAGAGCUUUGGCACGGACCAGGCAGCGUGGACGGAACUGGGUGAGACGUACCUGUCGAUGGGUGCGUAUCGCUACGCAGCCUUCUGCUACGAGGAGUUGGUGCUGCUAAACCCCAUGGACGCCAUCUCACACAGCCGUCUGGCCGACAUUUACUCGACUAUCGGCGGUCUGGACAACCUGCUGACGGCUCGCAAGCACUACGCGCACUCGAUCGAGCUCAACAAGAAGCAGAACUUGCGCGCAUACUUUUCGCUCGUGACGUGUACUAAGGCCAUCGCUGCCCAACGUGGCUACCGCGCCGACCAGGACGACGACGGAAUCAACGAGCGGCUGCAGAAGUUUGCACUCGACCACAUCCAGGACUUUUACACGGCACACUCCUCUCCUGACCUUGCUGAGAUCGCGCUAACAGCGGUCACCGCCCUCUAGACGGUUGGUAAAGCGGUCAAGCUGACGUGUCUAGGCUCCCUGCUCUGAAUGAAUGAUCGUAUCUUCUAUUGAUUGUCGCGUUUCGUUUCUAGUCCAGUGUACGUGCUGCUCCGUACGCUACAGCGAGAUCGGGAUCAAUAUCGGAGAGUGGUGGGCGACCUUGGAACAUGUCAGUGAGGCGUUGACGCACCCACGGGAUUCGUGAGGAUCCUCCUACCAGCACCACGGCGUCGAUUUCGUCGGUGUCCAUGUUGUUAGAUUCCAGAACAUCACGCACUGGGAUCAUCGUCCGCUCCAGCAACGAGUCACAGAGCUCCUCAAACUGCGCUCGAGUGACUGUCACUUCAACUCGUACCGGUUUCUUGUUGCCACUCGAGAUACAAGCAGCAGUAGUGACGGAGACAUCAGUUAGCUGCCUCUUAACCAGCUCGGCAGCUUGACGAACACCAGCCAUGGUGCAUGGCGGUUCGUUGCUGCCAUUCUCACUGACUUUCCCCUCGGAUUCGCUCCCACGAGACGUGAUAGCCGCUCCAAGUUGAGCUUCAAACUGUUUCAAGAGCCAAGCGGACAGCCGUGCGUCCAGAUCUUCGCCUCCAAGAUGGUUAUCUCCCAGAGUGUCUAACACACUGAUGGCUCCAUUGCGAGCGAAGAGUAGCGAUACGUCUAGUGUGCCUCCUCCGAAGUCGAAGACCAGCAAGAAACUCACACUUGGAUCCUGGUGCAGACCGUAGGCGAUCGCAGCGGCGGUCGGUUCUUCCAGCACGCGAGAGACCUCCAGUCCUGCUGCUCGAAAUGCCGCCACUGUGGCGUCUCGUUGCCUCGCGUUAAAGUCCACAGGCACUGCAAUGACUGCCUUGGUGAUCUGGUCGUGGCCGACAAAAUUGUGCGCCAUCGAACGGAGAUGCCGCACAACUGCAGUGCCAAUCUCGACUGGAGUCACGCAUCCGGGUUGGCCUGAUAGAUCCAGUGUGAAACAUACGCCAUCAUGCUUGUUGUCUUGCAGCAUUUUUACACCGAACUCGUAUGGUGUAACUCCAUUCUCGUCAGCCUCUGAUGCUAGAACGUCUCCGUAGCUGUUGACAAAAAGUGCAUCAGCUUCCGUUUUUAUAUAUAUAUACAAAUUUAUUGGAACAAACCUCUGGCCGAUGAAUCUCUUGG